AUAACAAAAUAUUUUAAUAACAAACACAGGACCUCGAAAAUCGAGCCCCAUCGUAUAGAAGGGGUUGCAUUUAUAUCCACCAAACUCAUACAGAUGACCAUGAGAAGAACUAACAACCACUACUAACAAACUCUCUCUCUCUCUCUCUCUCUCUCUCUCUCUCUCUCUCUCUCUCUCUCUCUCUCUCUCUCUCUCUCUGUAAAUCACAAGCAUCACGCACAAACUUUUUCAAAAAAAAAAAAAAAGAAUGGAGGACGUAGCAAAACCUGUGACCAAAAGCGGAGAGGUUGAGGUGAUGGACGGUUCCGAUAUAAUGGAGUUAGUUGAGAACGAUAAGGUCUUCAGUAACUUCAUCGAUCACAAGUUUCGUGACCUCGAUCGUGACUGUGACGGUCAUCUCUCUGUUAAAGAGCUGCAACCUGCCGUUGCGGAUAUUGGCGCUGCCCUAGGUCUGCCUGCUCAAGGAACUUCUGCUGAUUCUGAUCACAUUUACGCUGAGGUUCUUAGUGAAUUCACUCAUGGUAAAGACUGCAAAGUAAGCAAGACAGAAUUUAAAAAAGUUCUUUCAGAUUUUCUGAUCGGAAUGGCUGCGGGAUUAAAGCGAGAUCCUAUUGUUAUUCUACGCAUAGAUGGAGAAGACUUACUAGAAUUCAUUGACAGCCCGGGUUUUGAACCCGAGAUGAGUUCUAUAUUCUCGGAACUGGAGAUCCCGAAUGGAUCACUUACUGAGUACAUUAACAAAGCUUUUGAGAAACUUACGGUAGAUAAAGGCAUGCCUCCGGUUUUAGAUUCAUGGGUUACGAGCAACAUUAUAGUACCAGCACUAGAAUCAUGUGGUGUUGGUGAAGACCAGCCGGUUUCUCAAGAGACAUUCUUAGUUGAGUUUAAGAAGGUAGCCGAGACUGUGGCUCAGCUGCUCAAGGACCAGCCUGUUAUUGUUGCUCACAGUGAGAACACCUUCGAUGGAACUGUCAUCAGGAGGCUGCUAUCUAACAAAUUUGAGCUCGAAAAGACUCUAGAUACAACAGUGAAGUCUAUGCCAAAAGAUCCUCAUGGGCGAAUCUCCAAGAAUUGUGUACGAAUUGCGCUUGAUCAACUGGCUUCUUCUGCUGGAUUGCCACCAAUUGGUGCUGUUUAUCAGAUGGAUGAGAUUAUUCACGAAUCAUUCAAGAUGUUUGAUGUGGAUGAUGGAAAGCUCGUUAAAGAAGACGAGUUCAAGAAGAUACUGACAGAAGUCCUAGGAAGUAUCAUGCUCCAACUAGAAGGAAACCCGAUCUCAGUUUCAACAAACUCGGUUGUUCACGAACCACUAACAUCUGCUUCCACACUCUUGCAGCCAUCUUCCAUGUAAAAGGCCAGUAUGCGGGUCAUAUGCGAGUUAUAAUUAUAAUGUUAAUUUAUGUACUACUUAGUUUCUCGUCAAGAUUUGAAAAUAACUUUAUAUACAACCAUGAAUGCCUCAGUUGGUAAGUUGGUACUUGUAAUUUAUCAUGGGAGAUAAGAGAAGGAAAGUAAUGUCAAGUAUCAUUUGAUGGUUUUAUGUAUUACUUGUAAUUGACUCGGUCUUUAAUGAUUACAUGAUUCAAGAAAGAACAUGAACAUCCUCAUUUCACA